CCCUGUGCCGGUUUCCGCCAUGGCGGCUGAGCUGGAGGAAAAGCUAACCUGCUGCAUCUGCCUGGCUCUCUACCACGACCCGGUGACGCUCUCCUGUGGCCACAACUUCUGCAGGCGCUGCAUCCAGGGCUGGUGGCUCCACCAGGAGAAGCAAUGCCCUGAAUGCCAGGAGAAGCAAUGCCCUGAAUGCCGGGAGCCCUUCCCCGAGGGCGCCGAGCUGCGCCGCAACGUGACGCUGAGCGGCGUGCUGGAGCUGGUGCGCGCCACGGACCGCCAGGCCCCGGGGCCCCUCUCGGCCGACGAGUCCGGCGCGCGCUGUCCCCGCCACGGUUGGCCGCUCGAACUCUUCUGCCGCACCGAGGGCCGUGGUGUGUGCAGCGCGUGCACGGUGCACGAGUGUCGCAACCACGAGCGGGCGCUGCCGGACACCGAGCGCCGCGAGCGCGAGGCUCAGCUGAGAGCCAGGCUGGAGGUGAUGGAGCAGCAGGCUGCCAAGGCUGAGUCCCAACUACAGGAGCUGCAGCGGUAUAGUGGCCAGAUCAAGCGCUCGGCCUGCACCAUGUCCUCUGUGGUCUCCAACAAGUUCAGCCGCCUGCUGCAGGCCCUGAAGAUGCAGCAGGCCCUGACCCUGCAGGGCAUCCGGGCAGCUGAGACGCGGGCUCUGGCUCAGGCCCAGGGUGAGGAGCAGCGGCUGCAGAACCAGCUGGAUGCCCUGGCUCGGGACAGCCGCAGCAUCCAGGAUCUCCUGGGGGAGGGAGACAACCAGGCCUUCCUGCAGGCAUCCCAGCAGCUCCCGGAGCCCCCACCGCCUCCUGGGCCGUUGACCCUUCCUCAGUGGGACGAAGACCAGCAGCUGGAUGCCCUGCAGGCAUCACUGCACCCACUGUGUGACCUCCUCCUGCCAGCCAAGGCCACCGACCUGGGCCCUGUGGAUGCUACGGAUGCCCUGGUACCAGUCCCAAGCACGGGGUGCCCACUGAGGAGGAAACUCUGGCAGAAUUACCGCAAUCUGACCUUCGACCCCAACAGUGCCAACCGCUACUUACACCUGUCCCACCAGGACCAGCGGGUGAAGCACCGCCGCCAGCCCCGGGACACAGCAGGGCAAGGCAGCUUUGAGCUGUGGCAGGUGCAGUGUGUCCAGAGCUUCCGGAACGGGCACCACUACUGGGAGGUGCAUGCCUCUGACCACUCGGUGACCCUGGGCGUCGCCUACCCAGAGCUGGAGCGGCUUAAACAGGGGCCCCAGACAGACAACAUCGGGCGUGGAGCCUCAUCCUGGGGGCUCUGUGUGCAGGAGGACAACAUCCAGGCCUGGCAUGAUGGCAAGGCCUGUCGCCUCCCUGGAACAAGCGCGCGGCUCCUGGGCAUGGAUUUGAACCUGGCCUCGGGCAGCCUCACGUUCUAUAGUCUGCAGCCUGAGACGCGGCCCCUGUACACCUUCCACGCCCUCUUCACGCAGCCUGUCUAUCCUGUCUUCUGGCUCAUUGAGGGCAGGACACUAACCCUGUGCCAACGGCCUGGAGCUGAGCCCUCUCCAGAGCCCAGCUGAGGAGCUGGUGGAGCUGUCAAGGGUUGGGAGCCUGUGUGUCCCAAGCUGCCCACACCUGGUCUGCGACCUAGACACACAUCUGUGGCAGGGCCAGCUGUUGGCCUCAGUGUUGACUCAGAACCCCCAAACUGGACUUCUUCCUGUCUCCUUGAAGAGGACAAGAACA